AUGGCAGCAAGGCGAGGGAGCUUGCAGGAGCUGCUGCUGUCAGAGGUGGCGAGCAGCCGCUUACCGUUCGGCCCCGAGGGGCAACUGGUGGCGGCGUGCAUGGUGUACCGUGCGCUACUGCGAUGGGGGGAACUAGAGGCGGAGCGGACCAACACGUUCGACCGCAUCGUGGAGGCCUUCCAGCGCGGCUCCCAGGACCAGCUGCUGCCCUCGCAGGCCUAUUGGCUCACCAACCACAUCGUGCUCUACUACCUUGUGCCCCUAAAAGGCACCAAAAGCCAGCCUGCCCCCAACCCAACCACACCUUACCUCUCCCCCUCCUCCCUUCCCCCUCCCCCCCUUUCCCCCACCCCCUCCCCCCCUUUCCCCCACCCCCUCCCCCCCCGGCCCCCAGGUGGUGUACCAGUCGCCAGUGGAGUAGCCCGCCCAGGAGAGUUUCUCCUUCUCCUUCUUCGGCAUGGCCUCCUGCCCCGCCACUCCUGUCAGUGCCCCAACCUCUCAGUCCCUUCUACUCCCACUCCCUUCCAUCCUCUCGCUUCUUUCUACACUCAUUCACUUCGACCGUCUCAAUUAUUUCAACCCUCACUUCGCUGCACCCUCUCACUCCUUUCCACUCUCAUCUCAGACACUCACCUUCCACCUUCUCACACCCUUCCACUCUCUUACUACCCUCCCACCACUCCCUCCCUUCAACCCACGCACUCCCUCCCACAACUCCCUUUCCCCCUGUUCCUAUCCUCCUAG